AUGCUGAGCUGUAGUCAGGUCAAGACCCUUGUGCCUUCAGACAGUAUUCAUGUGGAAUUCCUUGUCUUCUACGAGGACAAGAACUUCCAGGGUCGUUCCUAUGAGACCAGCCAGGACUGCCCUGACAUAUCUUCCCACCUGAGCAGGUGCAACUCCUGCAGGGUUGAGAGCGGCUGCUUCAUGGUCUAUGAGCGCCCCAACUUCAUGGGACACCAGAUGCUGGUCAGAAGAGGAGAGUACCCUGACAACCAGCGCCUAAUGGGCACGAGCCAGAGUGACUGCAUCAGAUCCAGCCGUAUGAUCCCCAUGCACAGAGGCUCCUACAGAAUGAAAAUCUACGAGACGGAGAACUUUGGAGGUCAGAACAUCGAGCUGAUGGACGAUUGUGACUCCAUCCACGAUCGGUACCGCAUGUCCGAUUGCCAGUCUGCCCAGGUCAUGGAUGGACACUGGCUGAUGUUUGAGCAGCCCCAUUUCAGAGGAAGAAUGAUGUACAUGAGGCCCGGAGAGUACAGGAGCUUUAGGGAUAUGGGCAUGGGUGUCAAAGGCAUGAGGUUCAUGAGCAUGAGGCGUAUCACUGACAUGUGCUAA